UCUCUUAUUGGAACUGAGGUUGACGCCAAUACAUACCUUAAGACAGAGAAACAUCACACACCUAAAGACAAAGAGGAUCACCGAGCCCACAACCUCUCAGAGAAAGCGUUGGAAACAGGGGUCGUCGCACAGAAUGUUCAGUGAGAGACAAAGAACGGGAUUGGGAGGAGCCAAAUCCAGAGCGAAGAUGCAUCAGUCUUCAGAAGUUCUAUUCUUCAAUCCGCAAGAACUCAAAAGGCUUGAGUCAUCUUAUAGCUCUGGUGGGCUAGAAGCGACUGUGCCUCUGAUUCAGGAGAAACUAAACAAUCUGAAGAGCGCCAAACUUCACAUCGCAGUGACGGGAGAAUCGGGUACAGGGAAAUCGAGCUUCAUCAACGCUAUGAGAAAGCUCGAUGACACUGAUGAGAGAGCGGCUAAAGUUGGGAACACAGAAACCACAAUGAAACCAACCCCAUAUGAACAUCCUGAUUUUCCUGAAGUUUCCUUCUGGGACCUGCCGGGAAUUGGAACGACAACAUUUCCGGCGGAGGAUUAUCUGACGGAAGUGAACUUUCAAAAAUACGACUGCUAUAUCCUUGUUUUAGGCGAUAGAUUUAAUGAAAAUGAUGCAAAUCUGGCCAAAGAGGUGAACAGGCUGGGGAAGACAUUAUACUUUGUGCGAUCUAAAAUCGACCUUGUCUUUCAAAACAAAGUUGUUGAGAAGGAAAAAGAACUGGACAAAAUCAGGAAUUACUACGUUGACAAAUUGAGAAACGCAGGAAUUUCAGAAGCCACGGUUUUCCUGAUAUCAAUUUUUCAGAAAACAGAAUUUGAUUUUGAUGAUUUAAUCGAAACUCUGGCAAACAGCUUUGACGACAUAAAGAAAGAUCUUUUCUUAAAGUCACUUCCAAGCAUGACAAUAAAGAUUCUGGAGCAGAAACGAAAUCAGCUGAAAAAACAGAUUUGGAUGUUGGCAACUCUUUCAGGAACAAUCGGAGCGGUGCCAAUUCCUGGAUUGUCCUUUGCCUGUGACCUUGGGAUACUGGUCACAGCAAUAAUAGAUUUCCGAAGUUAUCUCGGGCUGAAUGAUGAUUCUCUUCAAAGACUGGCCAACAUGACAGGGAAACGUGUGGAGGUUCUGAAAGCAGCAGUGACAACCCCUUUGAUGGGUGAAAUAAAUGAGGAUUUCGUGAAAAGAAUACUGCUGGGUUCCACAUAUCUUGCUAUUUCAGCUAUUGAGAUCGGUCUUGAUAUAAUACCAGUCGUUGGCUCCAUCUUCGGAGCAGCAUCGUCAUUCGCUAUGACCUACAAGUUACUGAGAAAUGCACUGGAAGAUCUCACCGAGAAUGCAAAGAGAGUGGUGAAGGUUGCGCUUGUCAGUGAUUAAUAUAUUACACAUUAAACAAUCGGUUCACCUAGUUCCUGUAAAGUAUCAGCGAUUGAAAAAUAAGUUAAAAAGUGGAAAAUGUAAAAGAUGCGAAAAAUCUAAAAUAAACCGGAAAAUUCUGGAGGUAUGAGAUCCAGUAAACCCACAGCGAGACCACAGAUGCCGCCUGCCCCGCUGAGCAUCUCCUGCGUUGUCUGAUUUUUAAUAAAGAAAAUUAAACGACGGAUCCCACGUCCACGAGACGUUACAAAUCGAUUCCCAGCUGAUGAAUUAUUUUUGAAGCCCAGUCGCUGUUGUAACCCUGGCAACCACGGCAAACAGCACGUGUACAAAAGAAAACUCCGAGGCGAUAAGGUGAAUGUCUAGUGGGACCACUUCUGAAGAAUAAAUAUUGGCGAAAGUAUUGAGAGCUGCUCCUCUGCCUCUCUUCACAGGGCCCACUGGAUAUUCCACACCCAUCCCAGAAGUAAAUGGCACCUCGGUUCAUCCCGGCAAGCGAGAGGGCCACUUCAUUUGAUAUCCGGGCUGGUGCGCUUUCCCCUCAUUGUAACCUUGGAAGUGGGUUCCUCGAACUGCAGACAUUUCGCAACAAUUAUGACCUUUUUGCCUCUAUUUCAUCACGCGAAUUUUCUGCAGCCGUUGCUGAUUUCUGGUUCCAUCCCCAAUCAGUGACGUCACUGGUUCUUCAGAUGACGGAAGCGUCCAUGACAGACAACACGUUACUGCCAAGAGGAGAGCUUCACCUGGGCGACGAUGGAAUUGGAAACAUCCUACAAGGACAUUACGCCCUUUGUUCUGAGUGUCUGCUGUCCUUGUGAUCCUGCAGCCUCAGAAUUCCCCGGUAGAUGUCACUGCAGAGAAUUUCUAUUCUGGCACUGGUCUGGUUGCGGGGGGGAGGAGAGGCCGAGGUAGUGGGGGUUCCAUGAUGCUCGUAGCUGGAAAGCACAGGUCUCACAUCCAGCACUGAUCCCAUCAGAGGAUGAAUUAGAAACCAUAACGUCACAACCGCGAGAGGAAAAAGGUGGAGCCAGAGUUCAUUCUCCUUUUCACUCCAACUGGCACUACAUCAACACGUUUACUGAAUAAGGUGGGAAAAAAACAACAGAAUGAACUUUUCAACAUUCUAUUUCAGAUCAACAAUUAUACCGAGAGCUUCACUAUCUAAUUAAUCAAAGACACAACGUUUUCUUGGACUGGAACUUCUACCGCAUUUCCGGGGAAAAGGUAAACCUCUACAAGAAGCUGAGGGACGAAGUCCAACAGAAACCUUGCGACCUCAAGCACAAAUGGUAGAUGGAGAGAACACAGGAGAUGCAGUUGCUGAUGUCCAUGAUAUGUACAGAUUCAUCAGAACUGAUAAGACCACAAGAUCACAAGAUCACAAGAUAAGGGAGCAGAAGCAGGCCAUUCGGCCCAUCGAGUCUGCUCCAAGGAAAAGGGAAAAAGAAAUGGGGUGGGAAAAAAAGAGAGAAAAAAAAAAACUAUUCUAAUCCCAUUUGCCAGCCUUAUCCCCAUCAAAGGUCUGAAUCACUAAAAACCCGCUUCUCUAAGAAUCAAGAACAGAGGAGAGCUUGUCAAGGACAGGUAUGCAGUGAUCCCGGUUGGAAGAAACAAUUUAGAGUACUGCACAACUGUGGACUUGUCCUUGAUGUAAGUAUCCUGAUCUCCAUGAUAUAGCUCUCGGUUCCAAAUUCGCCACCACCCCGUACCGACAAAAAAGGCUGAAAAGAACACCUGCCUACUGAAACCAACAAAGCGUUGGAAGCAGACCAGAUCCCUGUUGAAGUUCUCAAACUUGGUGGAUCACAGCCUGAUUUCCCACAUUUGGGAAGAGGAGGAUAUGCCGUGGGACAUCACAGGUGGUAUAGUUGUGACCAUCUUUAAAUGGAGAGACAAAUCCGACUGCAGUUAUUACAAAUGGAUCCACCCACUGCACAUUGCCAUGGAAAGACAUGGCCAGGGCCUGCCUCAACCCUAUCUUCCAGUGGCUGAAUACUACUCCCCGAAUAAAAAUGUAGAAAAACAAUGGACAUGACCUUUGAUGUAUGACAACUCCAAGACAAACAGUAUUAACCACUCUAUUGCGUGCUUUGUUGACCUCACUCAAUAGUGUCAAUCCAUCAUAAUGGCGUACAAGUUCUGAAUAUUACCAAAGACUUCACCUCAGCCCAAAUCUCAGUGUGGACUGUAAUCAAACAAAGAUUCAAUAUCACCACUACCUUUUCACAAUCGUUCUCACUGCAAUGCUGAUCCUCUCCUACAACCAUCUUCCUGCUUGUGUACAGCUAAUCAACAGGACCAAUGGAAAUUAUUCAACCGACGCUGUUCCCAGUCCAAAAUUCAGGUCAACCCGACCUCAGCCAUGAAGCAGCUUCAUGGCAACGAACAGUCGACAUUUGCCUAAACAGACGUUUGGAAGCCAAGCGCUGACAUAUUCGCUGAAGGCUCCGAGAGGAUGGACUUGCACUACAAUACAAAUGUCCUCUCCAACAUGCCCCAACUGUGCAUACCACCCUCGGAUAAUAAAGGAUUGUUAUACAUGGCGUGCUCCUCUUUUCAUGGAACCAAAAGUAAACAUUUACAACCAAAUUCACCAUCUCCUUUAGUGCGUCAGCCUAGCUUUUGGCCGUCUGGGGAAAAAAAAUGCAUCAAAAGUUAACAUCUGAAACCCAGUUCAAAGAUCAGGAUCUACUGCAAAGCAAUGAUCCCCGCCGUGUGUAGGUUUAUAUGCCAGGAGAUACCUGCACCUCAUACCUCGACGUUAAAAAUAUCACUGACGUUGUCAUCAGAAGUCCAAAUCCACUGGCAGGAUACGCGAAGCAACAUUGGUGUCCCCUCCCAGGCCAUCAUCUCCCAUUGAGGUGCAUUGCAAUUAGCCGGCUCCAUUGGGCAGAACACGUUGUUCACACGUCCGACGCAAGACUCCCAAAACAGACACUCCAUGCUGAGCUUCAUCAGGACAGGUUAUUACCGCGUGGACAGAGAGAACUAAAAUCAUGGAUGUCCUCAAAGUCUCCUAGGAAAAAAAUAGCAGUAGUCCUACGGAGUCUGGGGAAGUCCUGGCCAUGACUGCUCGAAGUGGAGGAGCGUUCGGGAUUGUACAGUUUCUCUAUCGCGAGUAAGUGGGAGGUCAGUGUACGGGUUAGAAGGAGCGCGUCAUCUCACAAACUACCCACAUUCCCAGCCCACCCGGCCCCACCCGAGGCACAGUCCACGAAUCCACGUUUGCCUCAUAUGCCACAUUCUCGCAACCCACAGAACCAGAGUAGAAGGAAGUUAUCCUCGAUCCCCAGGACUUUCCGAGAAGAAACGGCAUUUCUCCAGUCCCUUCCAGGAGUUAAACGUCCCGAAGUUCUUUAGAGGAAAUAAUUCUGAAGUACAACCACUGCGAUAACUUGGAUCAGAACGAUGCGCUGUGAUCUGAUAUUACAGAGUCCACUGCGGUGAAAUCUAAUGGUGCAGAUCAGUCGUUCACAACCUUGAUGGAAGGCAGGACUGUCAGGCCGAAUCACCGGAGCCCACCGGUACUGUUACCCCACAUAGUUAAAUGUUUAACUUCACAAAUAAACAAAUUCUAAUGAUUAUUACCAGACCUGUUUAUGUUCAGGUUCCCCCCGACCCCCUCCUUCACCCCCCGCCCCAACCCCCGCCCCCCUACAAACGACAACAUGCCAGGAAUAGUUUCCUGAUUUAAAGUGCAGUGAAGUCUGGAUGGUGUUUCAGUCUGUUCAAUGACAGUAUUUACUUGAAAUAAUUUGUAAGUCCUCACCCGUCUCAGAGACUAGGUAACAGCCUCUUUUUGUAGAUCCCGACAGUAUCACACCACAGGUUGUAAAAUAUCCACCGUUUUGCAAACUAGACCCCCCUCUGCAAAAUAGACGUAUUUGUUUGGUAUUGUUUUCGGUCCCUCUGUGGAGCGUCCUUCAAUUUUCUCGUCAAACUCUCACUUGUGAGUGGUGCUA